CAAACUAGGCAGGAAUGCAAGUCAUGGUUAAGUUGUAAACAGGUGUGUCCCAUGGCAACCACUGUGUGGCUAUAGUUUGACUCAAACACACAGGUACACAUAGCGUCUGUGUUCCUCCAAAUGCCAAGAUUUCAGGAUGGCAGUUCUGUGGCUGAUCAGAUGACAAGACUCAGAUUCAAGCUGCUUGAGAAGAGACUGGAGAGCAAAAAGGACAUUAUGGAAGACAGAGUAGAGUCUGCCCAGUCUGCAAGGAGCUAUGAUGGGCAAAUGGAUGCACUCCACCGGGCACUGAGAAGAAAGCAAGACCUGCUUCAAAGACUGAAAGAGCUGCAUAUGUUAGAGGACCUCAACAGACCUCACACCUGGGGAGGGUCACCAAGACAGUACCGGUGGCGCUUCAUAACUCCCCCUCAGCAGCCUGCACCCAUGGCACCCACCCACAUCUACCAGCCAGCCACCGGUCCAGCCUUCCUUCCCCCUCCACCACCUGCCAUGCCGCAACCUCCUCACAUCAUCCAACAGACUCUACCCCAAUACCCUGCCACCAUCAUAAAACAGCUGCCACAGCAGCAGCCUGCAGUAACUCAGAUUCCUCCACCUCAAUCCCACCCUGCACUACGGUCGGGUAGCAUCAAAGAAGACAUGGUGGAACUGAUGCUGAUGCAAAAUGCCCAGAUGCACCAGAUCAUAAUGCACAAUAUGAUGCUGAAAGCCAUGCCUUCUAUUGUCCUGUCACCACCUGGAGGUUCCCAUCACUGUGUCCCUCACUCUACAUAUCAUAGGCAGGACAGUUACCAAGGAAACUUCCCUUAUGUAAGGCCAGAUGUCAAAACAGGGGGAAGUACUGUCCAUCAUCAUCAUCAUCACCAUGGUCUCACCCCCACAGCACCACAGCUGCCUCUGAUCAGCUACCCUACAUGGCCGCCAGGGGUGUCAUCUGCCCCAGCAGAACAUGCAGAGGGACACAUACCAUCAUUACACCCAACAGCACCUGUUACCCUCCCACCACUUUGAUAUGCCAUACAGUACACACUCACUAUAUACACACACAAUUCCCCCAUCAAUCUACACUCACUGAUCUAUAUUGACAAAUUGUACAGUGGAUUGAUGUGGAAAAAUGGCAGUUUUAGUCAUUUAAACAAAAUAAAAU